CGAACUAUUAAUGUGCGCGUCAACACCAUGGACGCCGAGCUGGAGUUCUCCGUCCGUCCGAACACCAGCGGCAAGCAGCUUUUUGACAUGGUCACCGGGAUGAUCGGACUCCGCGAGUUUUGGUACUUCGGGCUUCAGUUUGUGGACACCAAAGGUUCAGUGUCAUGGCUGAAACCAGAAAAGAAGAUCAUGGCUCAGGACGUGAAGAGGGAGACUCCGUUGCAGUUCAAGCUCCGGAUCAAGUUCUACCCGGAGGACUUGGGUGAAGAGCUGAUCCAGGACGUCACGCGGCGACUCUUUUUCCUCCAGGUGAAGGAGGACAUCAUGGGGGCAGCGAUCCACUGUCCUCCUCAGACUGCAGUGCUGCUCUCCUCCUACGUCGUCCAGGCUAAGUUCGGAGACUAUAACCCGUCCGUGCACCGACAGGGUUACUUGUCCUUGGAACGUCUGCUGCCCAGAGUAAUCCUGGAGCAACAGUCGCUGGACGAGUUGGAGGAUCAGAUCCGGACCCAGCAUCAGCAGCACAAGUCCAUGAUGAAAGAGGAGGCCAUGGUGGAGUACCUCAAGGUCGCACAGGAACUGGAGAUGUUCGGCGUAAUUUAUUUUGAGAUCCAAAAUAAAAAUGGCACUGACAUGUGGCUGGGAGUCGACGCCCAUGGAGUAAAAAUCUCCCUGAAGGACGACAGGCUGAAGCCAAAGAUCCAAUUCCACUGGAAUGAGAUCAAAAACAUUGUGUACGAUGAGAAAAAGUGGGUCGUCAAACCUGUGGACCGGAAGUGGCCAGAAUUCAUAUUCACUGCCACCCCGCUCUCAGACAGCAAGUCCAUCAUCUACUGGUGCACGGGCAACCAAGAGCAGUACAUGCAGCGCCGCAGAGCCGACCCCAUCGAGGUCCAACAGAUGAAAGCUCAGGCCCAGCAGGAGGCACUGCAGAGGAGGCUGGAGAGGGAACGACUGGAUGUUGAGAGGAGGCGCAGGGAGGACAUGGAGAAGGAGAAGGAGGAGAUGGAGCGGCAGAGGGACGAGCUGAUGUUGAAGCUCAUGCAGUAUGAGAAGGACAGAGCGGCUGCAGAGAGAGCAGAGAACCUGGUGGGGAACAAAGAGGACCAUGGUUCUGCUCCAAAGAGGCAGCUGUCACGGGCCAGACCUGCACCGGUGGUGAGGAAGAAUCGAGCUGAGGAAGAGAAGCAAAAGAAGGCACAGACUCAGCAGAAGGUCCAGACGAGGACACUUCAAAAGGACCUUUUCACCGACCCGAAGGUUUUCCAGAAGAUUGAUGCAUACGUUAUCAAAGUCGGUACAGAGCUCUAUAAAAAACGGGUCCAUGACGUGAAGACCGUGGUGCAGAACAUCACACUGGGAGCCAGGACUGACCUGGAGAAAAUCCGAGCCAUUUUUGUUUGGCUUUGUCACUUUGUCGCUUACGAUGUGAGCGGGUAUCUUGGCUACUCGAAGAAGCUGAGCUCCACGGAGGACGUGAUGGUGACGGGCCGUGCAGUUUGUUCCGGGUACGCUGCCGUUUGUAAAGACAUGUGCAGAGUAGUCGGCAUCCAAUGUGAGGAAGUUUCGGGACACAGCAAGGGCAGCGGGUACCGCCAGGGCCAGAGCUUUGCCAACAUGAAAUCUGACCACAUGUGGAACGCUGUGCUGCUGGGGGGAGAGUGGUUCCUCUUGGAUGCGUGUUGGGGAGCAGGGAAUGUUGACAUGGAGAAGAAAAGGUUCACCAGAAGGUUCAAGGAAUUUUAUUUCCUCACCGAUCCGGACGCAUUUAUCGACACUCAUUUUCCGGAUGAGCGGAAAUGGCAGCUGCUGGACCCCCCCAUCUCCCUGGAGGACUUUGAGAAAAGGGUGCACAGGACCGCUGACUUCUUCAGCCUGGGACUUGAGCUGAUUCAUCCUCAUCAGUGCCACGUCUUCACAUAUGGCGGCGAGGCAGACAUUUCCAUUGGUUUCUCCAUGCCUUUAUCCUUCACCUACAGGAUCUCGCCGCAGGAGGGGUUCCAAAACUCGGGGCUCGUGAGGCGGAAGAGCAACACCUCCUCUGGGUUCCUCACUGUCUCACAUAACAAGAUGCAUCUGCGCGUGGUGCCGCCCGCGAGGGGCAAAUAUGACGUGCAGAUAUAUGCCAAACUUGGACUUGAUGCAAAGAGUUUGGAUUUGGUUUGCUCCUUUAUCGUGGAGUGUAUGACUCCCACCAGCAUGGAGACCAUCCCUGAGAACCCCUUUAUCACUUGGGGUCUCAGGACAAACGCAGAAUCCCUCGGGGUGACAAGCAGCAGCCUGCAAGGUUACAUGGUGGAAGUGGAGGACAGUAACCUCCAGAUAAGCUUGAGGACUUCUAGGCCUCUUUCGAUGGUUUGCGAGCUGGUCCAUCCUGGUCUGCAGGCCUCUGUCACCAAACGCUGCUUGGUAACUCAAAUCCAACCAGACCUGCUGACCUGCAACAUCCUUUUCCCAUCACAUGGCUUUUACCGACUCUCAGUCUUUGUUGGGGACUUUGAGAAAAAAGGAUUGCAACUCAAAAACGCAGCUAACUUCCUUAUACGUAGCAGGGGACGGGUCGCCGGGGCAGACGAGCUCUUCCCCUCAAAACUGAGCACCACAUGUGGCCCUGGUUCCAGCACACUGGAGGCAGGUUUGUCCAAUUUCAGUCACACCACGCCGUUCAUUAACACACAGCAGGGCAAGUGCAGUAUCACCUUCCACAACCAGCGCAACCUGGACAUUCUGGCUAAGAUCAAGAGUGAUGAGGAGAAGCCUGCAGCCAUCCCGCUCUCACGGUACGUCUUCUACGCUUACAAAGAGCAAAAGGUGACGCUGAACAUCCAGCUGCCGGAGGCGGGGGUGUACUGUCUCGGUCUGUACGCCAAGACCAAGUCUGAAAAUCAGUACAGCCACAAGUGUGACUACGUCCUGAAGAACAACUGCAACCAGCUGGGCCUUCCCUUCCCCACCGUCUACGCCGGCUGGAAGAAGGACUGUGAGCUCCUGGAGCCCCUGGUGGGCCAGCUGGACUGCAACUCCAUGAUCCGCUUCAGGGUCAGAGUCCCAGGUGCGCUGGAGGUGGGCGUCUUUGGAGAAACCUACGUGAGCUUAAAGCGGAACAACACCGGAGUGUGGGAGGGGGACGUGUCCAGCGGCAACGGGGUCAAACAACUGAGUCUGGCAGCAUCCUGGGAUCAGUCCAGCUCCAAGAAAUACCUACUGGUAUUUGAUGUGAAGAGCUGA